UCUCUCCCAGCCGCCUGUGGCUUGAAUAUAUCAUAUUUUCUGUUUCUCUUUAUGAUUCUACGCUAUUCUAGACAGAAGAAAACCAUUGGAGACUUUUGUGCUUUUGGAUUGUAAAGGGAGAAGGCUCCAUCUCUCUCACCAUAGAGAAGAUUAUCCUGAACCCUCUUUCUAUCUCUUUUAUUUACAUGAAGUUUUAUUCAGAAUUGCUCUCUAUGAUUUCUUUGUCCAUGUCUGAGUAGUCGAUCUAGCUAGCCUAGGGUGUUAGGGUGUUAGAUCGUGAGCUAAACAUAGAUAAGUAUCCAUUGAUUGUCUUCAUUCAUAACUGCUCUUAUUGCUUGCAUUAAACUGGCCAGUUAUUGUUAGAUCCUAGGUUUAACCUAUUCAUUAACCGUGUAAUAGGUUGCUAGAGCUGUUAUGAAUGAGCAUAGCAUCCCUAAUCAGCGAAAGUAGAUAUUAGGGUGUUUUGUGAACCGAUUGGACUUGAUCUUAAUGUUCAUCAUCACGCCUUGAUCCAAGCGAGAGCUUAGGUAUUGAGGCUGAUCGUUGAAAGGUGAAACACCACGACAGUGGGUUGAUCUAGUAUUGUGUUCCUAGUUCUAGACUAGUCCAUUAAUCAAACUUGAAUAAUUGUUUGGCUCAUGAUUGUAAGCGCCCGUUAAACCCUAGGUUAGUUUCUCAUUAAUCUGAAACUUAAAACCAAUCUGUUACUUGCUUUUUACGUUACCACAAACUUUAAAACCCCCAUAUUGUUUUAGCUUGAUUCUGAUCCCAUAAAGAUAAAGUGUAAGAUUUGGUCUCUGUGGAUUUGAUCCUAAAGUGCUACAUCGACAUACCAUUCGAUUGUGGUAGCGUGCACAUUAGGUUAUUUGGUGUGCGUAUACACGUAAUAUCAAGGAUAUAAAUACCUUUGGUGUUUACUAACUCGUAUUUACUGGUGUAGAAUGGAGAAAGUAUCGAUCAGAAAAGAUAGUAGUUUAGCCAAAGUGUUGGGGACACUAUUAUCUAUUGUAGGUGCACUUGUGGUUACUCUGUACCAUGGUCCAGUGCUUAUGUCUUUACAGUCAGAUUGGGUUAUUGGAGGUGGCCUUCUUGCUCUUCAGAACAUUCUUUACUCCUUCUCUUACCUUGUUAUGGCACACAUAAUGAGUCAAUAUCCAUCUACUAUCGUUGUAACGCUCGUACACAAUGUUUGCAUUGUCUGUGUGUGUGCACUCGUUACUCUUUUGGUUGAGAAGGAUGACUCAAAGGCAUGGAUGAUACGAUUUGACAAAACCUUGAUUAGCCUUGUAGCAACGGGUAUUUUGAAUUCAGUAUACUAUAUUGUACAUACAUGGGCAGUGAUUUACAAGGGACCCGUGUAUUUGUCAAUGUUCAAACCAUUAUCUAUAUUGAUCGCAGCCGCAUCAACGACCAUUUUCCUCAGCGAGUCCAUCUACCUUGGAAUUUUGAUAGGAGGAAUAUUGAUAUCAGUAGGAUUUUACAUGGUGUUGUGGGGGAAAGCCAAGGAAGCCAAAGUGGACAUAUUAGGAACCAUUGAGUCGUCUCCUUCACAUGAGGCUCCUCUCUUGGGAAGUUAAAAGAUACCAACUGUGUUUUCUUUAUUCUUCUGCUAAUCUCUCUAUUAUAUAUUUUUGAUCUAUAAUGUUCUUACGUUGAUUAUUUAUGUAAUAAGAAGACCAUGAAUGACUUCGAUUUCUGUCUCUCAUAAAUUCGAUUAUGCUUGGUUAAUAACCGAAAAAGUAAAUCUUUACAACUCCAACAAAUUAUUGUAUCCUGGUCUUUGUAUUGUGUUAAAGACAUUUUUUGUGUAGUUGCUUAAACAUCUUUAUAACUUUUAACUAGAGUAACUCGAUUCUUGUAUUGUUCGUCAUCUUGGUUUUAAAUACGUGUGUUUAUAUGCUUUGUUCUUUUCAAAAAGUUCUGUUUGUUUUAUUUCUUCUGUUGUACUAGCUAUUAGUCGAGUGGAGAAAACAAAAUCUAAACAUGGAACUAACUUGUCACUGAUUAUGAAAUCUCACCAGUUUUUUUAAAUCUAAUCCCCUAUAUAUUAAAGGAGAAGCACUUAAAAAAAUUUCCUUAAAAGUCUAAUCUGACGUGGCUUCAUGAGAAGCUUUUAUUUACAAAAUUGCACACGUGUCACUUGGAGAACGUUUGUUAAAAAGCGUAAGCUUUAAAUGCAAACAAAACAUUCCUUAAGUAUUACAAAACAUUCCUUAAGUAUUGUGCCCCUUCUCAAACAUAACAUUCACGUAACAUAUAUUUGGUUCUCAAACAUAACAUUCACGUAAAAUUUAUCCAAGAGCUUCAUCUGUGUAUAAUCUCAGCAUGUUGCUCGAUCCUGAUCCAGCGACGGAUCCACCCCCUGAUGACGCGCCUCCACCGCCACCGAGUCUGCAACGACGCAUACCGGCCGUAGCGGCAGCGGAUCCACGGGGAGUGGCCAGACCUGGCCUGGCGGUUGAGGAAGCGGUGGAGGUUGAUUGUUGGGACUGGGAAAAGCCUCUUGCCAUUGUUGUGUUGUUCGGAAAAGUGGAAAGGGAGAGGUGAGGGAAGAUGAUAAAGGAGGGUGGUGAAGGGAAGGCAGAAUGGUAAAUAAAGUCAAAUCUGGGGGUAGUUUAAGGUCAAUAGAAUGAUCAGGAAGAGACGUGGAGUCGUAGUAGAAACCAAUGAGUCAACUGCUUUGGUUGGGCGUUACUUUCGGUAAGAUAAAUGCUGUACGAUAGAUAGUAUUUUGGGUCAGGUUUCUAUAAAUCCACAAAUAAUUUAUAUACUACAGUUUGAGAAAAAAACAUGGAUGAAUUAUGAUGAAUAUUUUGGUCCUGAUGGAAGGGUUUUGUAACUUUUGUUUAUGAAAUUUAAGAUUUUCUAGAAUUUGUUGUACUGUAUCUAAGCCCCAAUCAUAUGGGGCCUUAUGGUUUUGUAGUUUCCAUUAGAGAAGAUAUUGAAAUACUUAGAAAAAGAGACAUGACAUUUGACCAAAAAAAAAGAGACAUGACAUAAGAAAUUUUGCUAAAAAUAUGGUGGGACUUGUGUAUUUGCAGCACUCUUUUGACACGAAAAAGUGAGCCGACUACAUGCUAAAUGUACUGUUUUGUUGUUGUUGUCAUUUUCUUUUAUACUAUUUCAUGGACCAUUUUCUUAAAAAGUUCAAAAGAGCAAUGUUACAUAUAAAUAUAAAUUGUAACGGCUCAAACAUCAAAUCGAAACAUAUAAUGAAAUAGUGUUAAGAGGAUGAAUAAAGCAAACACCACAUGGCUUUCCUCGCUUUGGAAGCAUCGCCUUCGCUUGCAUCAUUAUUGUCGGUGUUCUAGCCUAAACGCCAUGAAGACCCCCCACAAACACCACUGCCAGUGCCGUGCCUACAACUUUGGGGGCCUAAGGUUAAUUUUCAAAAACAUGGUUUUUCACAAAAAAAAAAGUUUAUACAAGUUAAUGAAAUUGUAAAUACACUAAAGAUGUCUAUUAAAAAUGAAUCUACUAAGUUUAUACAAGUUAAUGAAAUUGUAAAUACACUAAAGAUGUCUAUUAAAAAAGUUUAUACAAGUUAAUGAAAUUGUAAAUACACUAAAUUGUAAAAACUUAAAUGUAAAGAACAUAAUAUAUGAACAAUCGAGCUCUCUCCUUUCUCAAAAAAUAAAAUAAAAACAAUCGAGCUUUCUAUAAAUAUAUGUAUACACUCAUGAACUACUAAUGUGUCUUGAAAACAUGGAGCCCUAAAUAUUGAUUAAAAUGUGGAGGCCUGAGGCUGUUGUCUUUUUUGUAAAGGGUAAGCACGGCUCUGACCACUGCAUGUUAUUUUCUCCACUGUCAUGAAGUUUCACCCCUAUCAAGAUCGUGUAUAAGUGCGGGUGAGACUCAUUCCUCUAUCUAUCACCUAAACUUAAUCCUCUUUAAUUGCCAAGAGUUAGACUGACUCACGCAUUCAUCUUGCAAGAGACUUUGCUUAUGUAGUUUGCAUGAAGGCCCUAUCAAGAAAAAUAACAAAAAUAUUUAUUCAUGUGAGAAAAAAACUAAGCAAGCAAAAAAGAAAAAAAUCUCUGAUGUACAAAGAGACAAAACUAAAGCAAAGUCCAAAUGACUGAAUUCCAAGCUAGACCGGAAAAUACAACCGUCGAGAACGGGAGUUAAGAUUCACCGUUAUCAAAAUAUAUUACAACCAAAAAAUGAGGUGAUUCUCUCUCUGAAGUGUUGAAGAGAGUGAUUCUCUUCUACGUAGUUUUUAUACUAUAAUUUUGUCUAAACAGUUAACUCUUUGAAAGCUUUUAAGGAUAUGGUUUGUAUACUUUAAUUUUCUAAUCAUUGAUAUUUUUUAGUGUGUAUCAGCUGUUCGCUUCAGUUGGAUAAAUAAUGGAAUUUGCGGUUUCUUUAACAGAUGGAUAACAAAUAUAUGCAAUUAAAAUAAAUAUAUUAUUUCUUUUUUUCCCACAUUGCUGGGUUGGAAUUCUAAUAUAUAUAUAAUCAUUAGUAACACUUGCAAAGUUGGUUAUAAUGCUUGGUCCGCAAGUAUAUUUUGAGUCGUAAUAUAUUUAGGAGAUUUUGAUGCCAUAACUAGGUUUUUUCCUUAUUUACAAAGGUGAAAUAUUCUAACCUAAUGUUAAUACGAUGGUAAAUAUAUAUUAACCUUCGCCUCUAUUAGUCUCCAUCCCAAAAAAAUAACCUAGACUACGUUAGACGUUAAGAUGGCUGAAAUUUUUGACAAGAUUAUGGACUUGAAUCCUGCGAAAACUACGUGGAAAAUUAAGGUCAAGAUAAUUCGUCUAUGAAGACAAUACUCCGCAGGCGAUAUUGACAGUAUUGAGAUGGUGUUACUUGAUUCAAAUGUAAGUUGUUUUAUGUUAUGAUGAUCUGAAAUAGGAAAUCCAUUGUUAUUAUGCAAACUUUAUUGAAAUAUAUUGGUUAUGAUUAUUGUCGAUAUUACUUUAUAGGUGGUUUCAAUUAUGUUACAAACAUGGAAGGUGGUUAUCAUAUUUUGUUUGAUUCUGACAUCUCAGAGAUUCAGAGAUUCAGUUCUUCAAAUCUCAGUAAGCAUAGCAUUCUAAGUUUGUUAUUUUAUAUGAAUAAUAUAUAUAUAUAUAUAUAUAUAUAUAUAUAUAUAUAUAUAUAUAAAAAAGAAAAACCAUUGGUUAUUCCUAAUAUAUUGAAAUUCUUUUAUUGCAGGAUUCCAAGCAUCGAUUUCUGAAGUCUUGAAGUUAUUCAAUAUUAUUUUUCUUUUGAAUUUCUUUUUACAAUACCUAUUUAUAUUUAGACCAUUCUUUGUAUUUGAAAGAAUGAGAUAUGCAUACUUAUUAUAAUGAAAUUGAGGUUUUUGAUUUAAAAUAGAUUUCUUUAUAUUACUAACUUCUUUGUAGUUCUUAUAUAAUUACUACAUAAAAGGGUCAAUCUAUAUCCUCCUCAUUAACACCCGAAACUAUCAAUCCAAAGCAAACUAAUAUACAAAUUAAUCAGAUUUAAAGUUUUUUAAUCUAGCAAAGUACAAAUUUAAUCAUCUCAUCCCGCGCAAGGCGCGGGUUACUACCUAGUCAUGUUAUUAUGACUUGUUAUUAUCUAAAUAUAGUCAUGUUAUGACAAAGUACAUUUACCCCGUGAACCUGUCCGAAUAUAACUUCAAAAUAACUUUUCAUAUAACUUGGAACUAACUUGUCAUAAUAACUUGUUUCAAAAUAUCACCAGUUUUAUCUAUAAGAGCUACAUAAAUGAUUUUUAUUUUUUUGAAACACUUAGCUACAUAAAUGAUUAGAUCACGAUAUUUGAUGGUCAAUGAAUAAAUAUUAAGCAUAUGGACCAUUGUCCAACCGAUCCAAAAAGUAUCUUACUGACCAAACAGUACAUUUACCCCGUUAGAUCAAUGUUGACUGGUUUUCUUACACACGUGCUUAAUGUUGAAAGUUUACUACUAUUGUAGUUUGGAUUAUUCCUAAAGUACGCCGAUAUUUACGUUAGAGAUCUACAAUAACAUGAGCCGUUGACAACUAAAAUUAAUUUUGACUUUUUUAAAAUAUAUUUUUUUUUGAAAAAAUGUUAAAUUAAUUCAAACAAAAAAACUGUUUUACACUUUGUGUUACAUUGAUGUUGAUUUUUUCAUAAAAACAAAAUAGGAAUCAAACCCUAUCGAGUAACAAACAAGAUGGUUAGACCUCCCAUGUGCGCCCUGUCACGGAUAGAGGAUAGCCGAUUUCGUACGUUUUUGUCCACCAGUUUGAUCAGCUGUCCUGGUAGCGUCGGUCUUUCUCCAUGUUUCCUCUGGUUCCGUUCUCUCCAUAUCACAUAUAAAGUAACUUAAAACACAUAUCGCACUAGAAAUAUCUCGGUCUUGUUUUGAUCCAGUAGGAGUUGCAGGACUUGUUCCCACUGAUUUGUGUAUUGAUCAGCUAGCAGAUUCUGUGUUAGGCCUUUCCAAACCUCCCCCGAGUAACUACAUGCAAAGAAUAGAUGAUUUCUUGACUCCAAUGGGUCCGUGCAGAGCACACAAGAGCUAAGGUGUUGAGUGCUCCACUUCUGAGUUCUAUCACCUGUUGCAAGUCUAUUAAGGACUGCAAGCCAAGCCAUGAAAGAAUAUUUUGGAGUGUUAAAAGUGAACCAGAUCCUAGCGCUCCAAUUCACUUUUGGUUGUGGCACUCUUGUUUGUUUCCAAGUUUCCUUGGAACUGAAAUUCGAUUGAUACUUAUCUCCUUUUUUCACAACUUAACAUCAUCCUGCUCCGACAGUCCUUUCUCUUUUAUUUGCUGAAUCUGAUUCUCAAUAUCAUUCAGAAUGGUUACUCUGUGUCGUCGUCGUCGAUGUGUUUUAAUCACAACAUCGACAAUUGCAUCCAAUCUUACUCCCAAAUCAAUGCAACCUCUACUACCUGUGAUAUCAAAUAAUUUUCCAUAUGGUGUCCAGAUAUCAAACCAAAAAGAAGUGGUUUCACCAUUCUGAGUCUCAGACUUUGAAAACCCUGGUGCAAUGCCGCGAUACUUUAAAAGUUUCUUCCAUAUCCAAGAGCCCCAUGUGCUGUUCUCUUUCACUGACCAGAGAGACCCCUUUUGUAUCAGGUAAUUUUUUACCCAUCUGACCCAUAGAGAAGAUGGAGAAGAGAGAAGCUUCCAAAUAAGUUUUAAACAAGAGACUUUGUUAGCUUCAGCGAUUGAUUUCAAUCCCAAACCCCCCCCUCAUCCCUCGGUAUGCAACAGUCCUUCCAAGCUACUUUUGCCUUCUUUGUGUUCAGCUCAGGGCCAGACCAGAGAAACGCCGCACAAAGUAUCUAUUUCCUGAAUACACUGCUUCGGCAAGCGAAAAGCGGAUAUCUAAAAAUUUGUUAGGCUAUGAAUAACACAGCCUAUCAGUUGCAACCUGCCUGCAAAAGAUAAGAAUCUAUUGUUCCAAAUCUGCCUGCAAAAAUAAAUUUUAAAUUUGAAUGAUUAGAAAAUCGCUUAUUGAAUCAAAUCUCCUUAACAAGAUGAUUCUACCAAAUUAGAAAAUAGCUUAUAGUAAAUUUUAGAUUACGUUUUGUCUGAUUUAUAACUUAAACUUUAAGGUUGCAGUCCAUUUAUUUUUACUUUUUAUAACAACUAAGACAUACGUAUGCGAACAUGAAAAACAUAGUUAAAAAGAUGAUCAUCUGUUAUUAACUAAAAAUGCUUAUGCUAUUAACGGAGUUUGGUGCUGUUAGGGCAUCAUCAACGGAGAGAGACUCCAUUCAAACAAUAAAUUGUAAUAAUUUUAAUAUUUUUUGAUCUUUGACUUGAUUAGUAUUGUCACUAUUAACGGCAAACGUUCCACAUUUGCAUAUGGUAAUUGUUGUAGUUUUACAACAAUCACAAAAAUACUAUGUACUGUUUCAUAUAACUUUAUACCAUUCCAUUUUAAAAAAAAAUCAAAAUCUAGUUUGUGUCAUAACAAGAGAGAAAAAUAAAUUGGUGGAAGGAGACAACGAAGUUUAGUCAUGUUUAAUUAAUCCUAAAAUUUACUUGAAAAUAGGAUUUGUGUUUUCUGUAACUGUUAAAGAGUUAUCUAAAAAGGAAAACUUGAUUCGAUCAACUAUGGAAAAUGUACAUUUUAUUGAUGAUAAAAUCAAGAGUAAACAAUGAAUACAUAGGGUGUCAAAGAACAAGAAAGUAUGGAUUUAUUGAAACUAUAUUUUAGCUAUCGAGAGAAUCGGAUCUCUUUUUCUUGACUUUUCCUUCUUCUUUUAUAGAUAAAUGGAGCUGUAUCGUCACGGCGUGAUCUCCAUCAUGGAUCACAUGUCUUUAUGGUAGUCUUUAAUACUCCUUUACAUUUCAGCGAGCUCGAUGUAUGAGACUCUCAGCCCGGGGUGAGUCUUGACCUACACGGGCUUUUGGUUCAUAUUUUGGGUUUUGAUGAUGCUUGAACUGGCUUUACUACGUUCGGUUUGAAAUCUCGGACCAGGUCUGGAGCGGAAACCCGGCUCCGAAUAAGUUGUUUGUUGUUCUUUUUAGUUCUUUAGAAUUUGUGUACCUUAGAGUAGCUUUCAUUUUAUUAUGCAUCUCUAUUAAGUCUUGCUGCAUAUUUUGUGACUGAACUUUACCAAUUCCAUCAAUGUUCUUGAAUCCAUAUAAAUAUAUAGAGAAAUGAGAUUAUUUAACAAAAGCCCAAAAUUAAUUUCACAAAGGCCCAAAAUAGUAUACAAAGUUACAAAGCAAACAUCUGAAUUCAAAAUAAACAAAGAUGUUCAUGGUUCAUAUAUCACUCAUAAGCAUUUGAAAUUGGUUAUAUAACCAGAAGUGGAAAAAAGAAAUCAAUAAGACUCAGGAAUCAGAUUGAAACUCUGAUCUUAUUCUUUGGUUAGAAUAUUGUUCUUAAAA